UCUUUAAAUGUCACAGUGUUGUUGCAGCCCGCUUCUGUUUACAUAUGUGAGCCUUUGGGUUGACCUGACAACCCUUUUUCCCCGGCCCGCAAAAAAUAUCCGAAGCAUCGACAGAGCAGAUGCAUAAUCACUAGCACAGACGGUAAACCAGCACAGCACAGACGAGGAGAGGGAUUCGAAAUGGCUCUACGGGCGUACGUCACGGAAAGCAUCAAUGUGGCAGCCAUAAUGGGAAUCGGCGACGGUAUCGCCCAGCUGCUGGUCGAGAAGAAGCCCCUGAGCGAGUGGGAUAUGGGACGGACGGUGAGAUUCAGUGCCCUGGGCUUUGUGGUUGUUGGGCCGGUGUUGAAAACGUGGUUCAUGUUCAUGGAGUCAAGAAUCUCAAAGAAGCAUUCGCCGAUGCGUCGUGGGAUUACCAAAAUGCUCGUCGAUCAGUGUUUGUUUGCGCCACCCUUUACAUUGGCCAUGUCCUAUAUGGUGCCGAAGAUAAACGGCGAAGAGGAGCAACAGAUACGGAACCGGAUCCGUGAAACCUACUUCACAAUACUCAGCAGAAACUACAUGCUCUGGCCCAUGGCACAGUUCAUCAAUUUUUCGUUUGUGCCUCUCCAAUACCAAGUGAUGUAUGUCCAGUGCGUAGCCCUGAUCUGGAACAGCUACCUCUCAAUGAUGCUCAACAAGAAGUAGGGUCCGAAUCUCUGUUACAUUAUCCAUGACAAUCUAACGAAUAAAAAUGUUAAAUGUACAUAGGCUUGGACAAACA